GCUGUGCACUCUAAGCUGGGCUUUGACUCUGCGUCAGAGGCUGGCCGGGGCUUUUCAGCUGCCUCUUCUCACAGGCUGCCAUGCUGUGGUGCUGGGCAGGAGAAGCUCCGGCCAAGGAGAGAGCCGCAGGACUCCGGGCCCCCUCUGUGGCGGUGGCGGCGGCUGAGUGGUGAGGGGGUGCCCCCCCCGGGCAGUCGGCCCCGGCCAAGGGCAGCUGCUGCGGCUUCAAUCCAGGCUGGGAGGAGGGCCCCCCCGCCCUCGGAGCGGAGGCAGCCUGCGGGCCCGCCGGAGAUGCCAGCCAAGAGGCCCAUGUACCUGAAGCCCGCCUCGGCCCCCAGGCGGGGCGGCAGGAAGCUGCGGCUGCGCGACGUGCUGUCCGGCGACAUGAUCAGCCCGCCGCUGGGCGACUUCCGCCACAGCGCCCACAUCGGCCUCGAGGGCCAGGGGGACAUGUUCGGGGAGCUCUCCUUCCUGCAGGGCAGGUUCGACCUGCUGCCCCACCUGGGCCGCCACAGCGGUGGGGGCGAGCCCUUUGCUCCCUGUCCGGCGGCCAGUGGCUACUGCCCCCUCCUGAGGAGCGCCGUCUCCUUGCCCGUCUUCAGUGGGACUCGGGCCCAAGACCAGGCGCCCCCCAAGCCACCGCGCCUGCACCUGGAGGAGACGCCCGGAGUGGGGUGGGGGCGGCAGCAGCAGCAGCAGCAGCAGCGCUCGCUGUCCGUGGGCUGCUCAGAAGGCUGCCUCCCCAGCAGCAGCAGCAGCAGCACGCAGCAGGGCCUCUCCUUCUCGGCCGCCAGGCACUACGCGGUGCCCCCUCCUCUUCCUCCUGAGGGCUGCUCCUUUCUGGGGGGGAGCAGCUGCUCCCCCUCCCACUCCCUGCCCCGCUCGGAGUCCCUGCUGAGGCUGGACCUGGACUUGGGCCCCUCCAUCCUGGACGACGUCCUGCGCAUCAUGGAGGGGUACCAGAGGCCUGCCGCUGCUGCUGCCCCCAAUGCCCUAUAGGGGGGCUGUGCUUCUGCGGUGGGGGGAGAGUUGGCCAGUGGGAGGCGGGGCUUGGCUGUGUGCCCUCCCCAAGGAGGAGUAGAAGAGGGGCCGUGCAAGGAGUGGGACGGGCCGCCUGGGGGCCGCCUGGAGGGGGCCCUGUCAGGCAUACCCUUGCUGGCAUUGGGGGCCCUCAGCAGAGGGUGUCUUGUGCCCACAGGCCCACCCUGCAGCAGCCACUGGCCGGAAGGAAGGAAGGAAGGAAGCCUCUGAUUGGUUGACUUGAUCUCUCCCUGUACAUGGCAGCCUUGAGAUCUUCUGGGGAAAAGCGGAAAGCAGCAGCGGGGCUCCCACCAGAGAGCGCAGCAGCAGCAGCAGCGGGGCUCCCACCGCCAGUGGCCCCAGCAGUGGCUGAAGGGGCUGCCGAGGCUUCCGGCCAACCCCCCCCUCCCCGCAGGCCACCCCACCCCAGCUGCCACCAGCGGGCAGCCUCUGCCCAGCUCGCUCACUGGAUGUCUCACCCGUCCAGUGCCCAGGAGGAGGCCUCCUUUCUCCCACCCCUAAAUGCAGCUCAUGCGGGAAAUGGGGGCUGGGGACAGAACCCUGCAAUACUGGUGCUUGGUUGCCCCCCAUCACACUUCCACCAGCCCCCUAAGAGGAUAGCUCUUUUCCUGCUCUUGAAAGAGGAUUUGAGAGGGAUCUGAAUCUGCAUUAGAAAGAGUCCGUAGGAAGUUGGGCUUUCCAAUUACUCUGGAUUUAACUGACUUGAAGGACAACAGUGCAGAAGAGUCUGAGCAGAGGGCAAGGACCAAGGAGUGGGCCCAGGAUCUGGCCUGUCCCCAUUACAGUUUGCUCUGCAGGGCGGAGGUGCACUGAGGUAACUUUGGAGCCUGGACCUUAAGGCCUUUGGAGCCCCCCCCACCCCCCGCCGGCCCCAGCUGCAAGUUAAGUAUCAUCCCCCCCACACACACAGUAUUUUCAACAGGUGGGUUCUUGAGGG